CACGGCCGCCGGCGCCGCUCCUCCUCCGUGUCAGUUGUUGGUUUGUAAUGGCGACUGGGCCGCCCCUGCCAAAGUGACUCCCGGGCGGGGGAGCGUGGCCAGACCUGCGCCAGAGGGAACUGCAGAGAGCCGCAGCUCAGGGGUUGGCUUGCUGUGGGGGAGGGGAGGCAGCCUUUCCGCCUCUUCCUCCUUUCUUGCAGACCAGAGGGUCUCCAGAGCCGGUGCGAGGCGGGUUCCCGGUGCGUCCCCGCAGCGGGGAGGGCAGGCCGGACAGCCCUGGGGCCGGUCGGGGCGGCGUCACUGCACCCUCCGCCAGGCCCUGCGGGAUGCACCGUGGGAGCCGAGGGCGGAGGCGACACUCUCAGGUAAAUUGGCAGGAUGAGGAGCAGCAGAUCAAAAGAGGUGCCUUUACCAAAUCCAAGGAACUCUCAAAGCAAGGAUACUGUUCAAGACACAACCACAUCAUGGGAUGCACUUUCUCAGACCAAGGCUGCUCUGAGGCACAUUGAAAACAAGUUAGAAGUAGCUCCGACAAGUACAGCUGUGUUUGAUUUGGUCAUGGAUGCCAAGAAAUCUUCUGCAAGUGCAACCCGAAAAAUAAGUAGGAAAGAUGGUAGAUACAUGGAUGAUUCUUGGGUUAAUGCUCUAACCUCCAAAUACUCUAGAUCACGAAAAGAGAAAUCUCGUAGUCCUCUCAGAGCUACCACUCUGGAAAGUAAUGUGAAAAAAAAUAAUCGUGUGGAAUUUCGUGAACCUUUGGUUUCUUACAGGGAAAUCCAUGGUGCACCUUCCAAUUUAAGUCCCAGCUAUCUGGAGUCAAAGCAUGUCUAUUGUGUUGAUAUUAAUGAAGAAAAGGCUGAUAGUAGUAACCGGGUCUUAAGCAAUCAAGAAGAUCAGAAUAUACAUAACUGUGAGAGCUCCCAGUCAUCUAUGAUUAAUGAUACAGUUGUUAGGUUUUUAAAUGAUCGACCAGCAAUUGAUGCAUUGCAGAAUUCUGAAUGUUUGAUUAAGGUAGGCGCUCCUAUGAGAACUGAGGAAGAAAUGCCUAAUGGGGCAAAAGGAAACGAGAACAACCUGAAGCCCCCUGUGAAUAACCUGGGCAAUGAUGUUGAUCCAAAAAUGCUACAGCUAUCUGACUCUUCUCCAUCCUCUACUAGUACUUCCAAUUCCCAAAGAUUAGAUAUUUUAAAGCGGCGACAACAUGAUGUCAAACUGGAAAAACUCAAGGAGCGGAUAAGGAAACAGUGGGAACACUCAGAAGAAACACAUGGCCGGGGCCAGAAUUUGGGUCAUAUUGACCAUCCAGUAAUGGUUGUUAAUGUUGAUAAUUCAGUUACAGCAAAAGUCAGAAAAGUGGCAACAGCGCCACCUGCUCCAGCAUAUAAAGGUUUCAACCCUUCAGAGACCAAGAUUCGAACACCUGAUGGGAAAGUGUGGCAGGAGGCUGAGUUUCAAAACAUGAGUAGAGAACUAUAUCGAGAUUUAGCACUUAACUUUGCAGACGAUAGCUCUACAAAAGAGAAACCUGCUGAAAAAAGUAAAGAGAAGAAAGCGGUCAAGCCAGUACGAAAAGUCCAAAAAGCAACACAGUUAUCAAGUCCAGAAUGCAAAACAGGUAGUAGUCGUCUUAUAAGUACAUCUUCUUGGCGAGAUGGACAAAAAUUAGUAAAGAAGAUUCUGGGACCUGCACCCAGGAUGGAGCAAAAAGAGCGAAGAACAGCAUCAAGUGACAGAGGUGGAAGAGAAAGAACUGCUAAAUCUGGGGGUCAUGUCGGAAGAGCAGAAUCUGAUCCCAGGUUGGACGUUUUACAUAGACAUCUUCCAAGAAGCUCAGAAUGUUCGAAAAGUAGAGCUCGGUCUGAAAAUAAUAUAAAAAAAUUAGCUCCAUCUCUUCCAGAUAAUAAACAGGAGGAAAAUAAUGCCUUAAAUAAGGACUUCUUACCUAUUGAAAUUCGUGGCAUUCUUGAUGACUUACAGCUGGAUUCUACAACUCAGAUUUCCAGGCAAGAGACUGACGAGUUACAGAAUCAGAAGUCAUCAGCACCUGUACAAGUUCCUAGGAGUAAUAGCCCAGUAAAAAGAAAACCUGACAAAAUAACAGCUAAUGAAGAUCCCCCUGUUAUUUCCAAAAAACGUCACUAUGACACAGAUGAGGUACGACAGUACAUUGUUAGACAGCAGGAGGAAAGGAAGAGGAAGCAGAAUGAAGAAAAGAAGGCUCAAAAGGAGGCUACUGAACAAAAGAACAAACGAUUACAAGAGCUCUACCGAAAACAGAAAGAAGCCUUUACUAAAGCAAAAAAUAUGCCUCCUUCUGAGCCAUCGGCAACUAGGCGGCUACAGGAAACUUACUCCAAAUUACUACUUGAAAAGCCCUUGCUUGAAGAGCCCUCUCAUCAACAUGUUACGCAGGAAACACAGGCUAGACCAGGGUAUCAGCCAUCUGGAGAGUCCGAUAAAGAGAACAAAGUACAGGAACGUCCCCCAAGUGCAUCUUCCAGUAGUGACAUGUCUCUAUCAGAACCUCCACAGCCUCUUGCAAGAAGGGAUUUGAUGGAACCUACGUGGAUACAUCCUGAUAGACUGAGCCCACGAGUUCAUCAUUCUCAACCACAGCCUCUUGUUGGAACAGCUGGAAAUUUACUCUCUCAUCUUUUGAAUCUAGAGCAUGUAGGAAUGUUGCAUAAGGAUUUUGAAUCUGUUUUACCAACUAGGAAGAACCAUAAUGUAGCUUCAGGGCCAUUAACUUUUACACCUCAACCAUAUCUGACCUCACCAGCUGCUCAGCCAGAUGCCUUGUUAAAACCUAGUACCAGCCAAUAUAAGAGUAAAUUGGAUCGUAUUGAAGCCUUGAAAGCAACAGCUGCUUCUUUGUCCAGCAGAAUUGAAAGCGAAGCCAAGAAAUUAGCUGGGGCCAACAUUAACUAUGGGUCAACAUGGAAUACUGAGUAUGAUGUGCAGAAAGCACCUCAAGAAGAUGGCUCUUGGGCCAAGGCUCUAAGUCCACCUGUGAAAGAUGUUGCUGAAGAUGUUUUCUCUGCCCGAAUUCAGAAGAUGCUGGGAACCUGUGUAUCUCAUGCAACUUUUGAUGAUGAUCUUCCAGGUAUAGGCAACCUUAGUGAAUUUAAAAAGCUUCCUGAGAUGAUAAGACCUCAGAGUGCCAUAUCAAGCUUUAGAAUGAGAUCCCCUGGUCCUAAACCAGAAGGGCUGCUGGCACAGUUGUGUAAGAGGCGUACUGACUCUUCCAGCUCUGAUAUGCAAGCCUGUUCUCAAGACAGAGCCAAAAGGUCGCUUGGUUCCAGCAUAGAUUCAGUCAGUGAUGGUCCUCUUCUUAGUGAGGGAAGUCUCUCUGAAGAAGAGGGAGGCCAGGAUGGACAGCCUCUUUUGACGGUAGCAGAAAUUUUAAAAGAAAAGGAAUUUUGUGCUGGAGAAAGAAAUACUUACGAACCCAUCAAAGAGUUUCAGAAGGAAGCUGAAAAAUUCUCACCACUUUAUGGUCACAUAGGUGGUAUACAAAGCAGAGGACCAUGGGAAGAAUUGGCAAAGGGAAGUCCAAAUAGUGUCAUUAAUAUUUUUACAAAAUCGUAUCAGUUAUAUGGAAAAGUGUUUGAAGAUAAGAUGGACAGAGGAAUAUCAGCAUCACAGCCUUUUAAUGCCAUCACAACCCCUCUAAGCAGUAUUUCAUAUGAAGAUGAUUUUGUCUCCUCUCCAGGGAGUGGGACUUUGACAGAAAAAAGAUCAACUGUUGAACCUAAUAUUGGUGGUAGCACUUUAGGCAUUCAAGAGGACCAUUCUGGCAGAAAGUUGGCCUAUGAUCUUUCCUCUGUGGAUAUUACUUCCCAGCAUUCAUCAGAAGCCCGUUCUGCUGCAUCAUCUCGUUCAUCUACUUCUUCCAAAGGAAAGAAAGGAAAAAAGGAAAAGACAGAAUGGUUGGAUUCAUUCACUGGAAAUGUUCAGAACUCACUUCUUGAUGAGGAAAAAGUACAGUCUGGCUCAGAACGUGGUUCCCAUCAAGGAAAGAAAUCUGGGACCAGUAGCAAACCUUCUGUUAAGGAUUAUGAACAGACUGUUGACCCUGAUAGCACUUUGGAGGGUCUUUCUGGUCAUUCUGUGAGUGUCUCAUCAGACAGGGGGCGAUCUCAGAAAACUCCAACUUCUCCCCUAUCUCCAAGCUCCCAGAAACUGUUGCAGUUUGACCCUCCAAGAACUUCAUUAGAAAAGUCCUCAGUAAUGCCUACAACUACAACAGCACUUAAGCCUAAUGCAGCUUUCACAGAUUUGAAUUUGACUGCCAACAGAACAACCUCAGAGAUGGCUUCAACACCAGGUUCUAAGCGCUUUUCUCCUGCUGGCCUCCAGCAUCGCAUGACAGCAGAGCUCAGUUAUCUGAAUGCCAUUGAGGAGUCUGUACGCCAGUUGUCAGAUGUAGAAAGAGUUAGGGGCAUUUCUCUUGCUCAGCAGGAGAGUGUGUCGCUGGCUCAGAUCAUAAAGGCACAGCAGCAACGCCAUGAAAGAGACUUGGCCCUCUUGAAACUAAAAGCUGAACAAGAGGCUCUGGAAUGUCAGAAACAAUUAGAAGAAACCCGAAACAAAGCAGCUCAGGUCCAUGCAGAAUCCUUACAGCAGGUGGUUAAAACACAACGGGAAGUAACUGAUGUCCUGCAGGAAGCAACAUGUAAAAUAGCCGCUCAGCAAACAGAGGCUGCUCGCCUCACCACUGAUGCAGCACGCCAAAUCUGUGAGAUGGCAGAGUUGACACGAGCGCAUAUCUCAGAUGCUAUCACCGCUUCAGGAGCUCCUCUAGCAACACAAUAUGACCACCAGCGGCAACAUCUUCCGGACUUCAUGAAACAACUGAGUACUAGAGCUGAAACAGAUAGGAAAAGUCAAUCUGUUUCACUCUCUCAGAGUAAAGAAGGAAUUCUUGACUCAAAGCAUCAGAAACAUUCUCCUUCAUCUGAUAGUUAUUCUGAGUCUUCAAGAUACAAGAAUCAUGGUCGAAGAAGUAGUAGUGGUAGCAGCCAUCAAGAAAGUCCUUCAAUUCCACCUUACAAGGAAAAUGAGAAGAAACUUCAUGGUGAAAAGAUGGAGAGUUCCAUUGAUGAACAGGUUCGGACUGCUGCAGAUGAUUCUUUACGAAGCGAUAGUGUUCCAUCUCUUCCUGAUGAGAAAGAUUCAACUUCUAUUGCAACAGACUAUUCCCUGAAGUUUGAUGAGUCUAUGACAGAAGAUGAAAUAGAAGAAAAAUCAUUUCGAUCUUUACUACCUUCUGAGAGUCAUCGCAGAUUUAACAUGGAAAAGAAAAGAGGCCAUCAUGAUGAUUCUGAUGAAGAAGCUUCCCCAGAAAAGACUGCUAUACUGUCUUCUACCAAGGAGCUGAGCAUGCCAUUCUCAGGAGGACAAGAUAGUUUUUCUAAAUUCACUAUGGAGAUGGUUCGACAGUAUAUGAAAGAAGAGGAAAUGAGGGCAGCUCACCAAUCUUCACUCUUGCGUCUGCGUGAAAAGGCCUUGAAGGAGAAAACUAAGGCUGAAUUAGCCUGGCUAGAGCAUCAAAAAAAACAUCUACGAGACAAAGGAGAAGAUGAUAAAAUGCCCCCACUCCGGAAGAAACAGCGUGGUUUGCUCUUAAGGUUGCAGCAGGAAAAGGCAGAAAUAAAACGUCUUCAAGAAGCCAACAAGGCAGCUCGGAAGGAAAGACAACUGAUUCUUAAACAGCAAGAGGAGAUAGAAAGGAUCCGGCAGACCACCAUAAAACUGCAGGAGAAGUUGAAGUCUGCAGGGGAGAAUAAAUUGGACUCUCAUAGUGAUGAUAACACAAAGGAUAAUAAGGCAACUAGUCCUGGUCCAACUGACUUGGAGACCCGCAGUCCUUCUCCUAUUUCAAUUUCCAGCAGUGAAACAAGCAGCAUUAUGCAGAAACUGAAGAAAAUGAGAAGCCGCAUGGAUGAAAAGUUUCUAACAAAGCGAGAGCAGAAACUAAUGCAACGGCGACAACAUGCAGAGGAGCUCCUAGAGUGGAAGCGGCGUUUAGAUGCAGAAGAAGCAGAAAUUCGUCAAAUGGAAAAACAAGCUUUGGCUGCCUGGGACAAAGAGUUAAUAAAACCCAAAACACCUAAGAAAGAACUAGAGGACCAGAGAACAGAACAAAAAGAAAUAGUGAGUGAGGAAGACUCUCCAGUACCUUUCUUCUCUCAUCGAAACAGUGAAAGCUCUAUUCCAGAAGAACUGGGCAGUCCUGCUGUUGAAUAUACACCAUCUGAAUCUAUAGUGCAGGAGCAGCAUGGAAGUCCAGAUCACAGUAUACUUACUGAAGAAAUGGUUUUUUCACAGGAACUAGAAUCUUCUACCUCUCCUAGUAAACAUUCACCUCCCAAAAGCUGCACAUCUGUGUCAAAGCAGGAGUCUAGCAAAGGAAGUCGUAGGACUGCAGGACAAUGUCAUCUGCCUUUCAAGUCUCAUCAACACUGUAGUAGUUGGUCAGAUGAGUCAUUAUCUAUGACACAAUCAGAAACUACAUCUGACCAGAGUGACAUUGAAGGUAGGAUCAGAGCCCUGAAGGAUGAGCUACGGAAAAGGAAAUCAGUUGUGGACCAGUUGAAAAAGGAACAGAAAAAAAGACAAAAGGAAAGACUGAAAGCCCAAGAAGCCAGUCUGAUCAAACAGUUAGAGUCAUAUGAUGAAUUCAUUAAGAAAACUGAAGCCGAGCUUAGCAGGGAUUUGGAAACAUCACCAACAGCCAAGCCUCAAAUUAAAACAUUCUCUUCAGCUUCUGAAAAACCCAAGAUCAAGUCCCUUCCACUACACAGAUCUGAAACAACAAAGAAUUGGAAAUCUCUAGCAGACUCAGAACGUUCCAGAGGAUCCCUUGAGUCUAUUGCUGAACAUGUUGAUGCUUCAUUGUCAGGUUCUGAGAAAUCACUAUCAGAAAGAUCUUUACCUGCAUAUGCAAAGAGAGUGAUUGAAUGGGACAGUCGAACAGAUUUUCAGACACCUUCUCCAACUGUCAGAUCAUCAAGGAAAACCAGGGCAGAAUCUGGAGAUUCUCUAGAAAAUGUACUUUCAUUAACUCUUCUCAAAGAAUUAAAUGUCCCAAAUAGAAUUCUUGAGGUUUCACAUGCCAAGGUUGAAGAAUCUAGUAGAAAAUCAGAAAUACAAGAAGUAGAAAAUAUAAAAUUGGAGGAGAAUGAGAUUGAAGAUGCCUGUUCUAAACAAAGGAAAGCUGAUGUCUCACUGAAACUAGAACUGGUAGAUUCAGCUGAAAUUCUUUCAAGGAAAGAUCUUCCCUUAGAUUCUGUAAAUGUUCAGAAAGACUUAGUUAGAUUAGCCAUUGAAAAUCUUCAUAAAAAAGAGGAAAUGUUGGAAGAGAGACCAUCAGAUCAAGGUACAGAUCAUAGUCCAAACAUCCAAUCAGGAAAACACUUUCAUGAACAAAAGAACAAAAAAGAAAGAGACUUAUCUUGGUCAGAACAUCUUUUUGCUCCUAAAGAGAUAUCAUACUCUGAAGAUUUCGAAGUAUCUUCUUUCAAGAAAGAAAUUUCAGCUGAACUAGACAAAGAUGAUUUUGAGAUGUUAUCUUUGUUGUCACUCAGGAAAGACUCUCAGUCUUGCAGCGAUAAGUCACAGCCAACAAAGAGCUCUAGAAGUAGAGCCACCAGCUUUGGUAGUGAUGAUGAAAUCAGUGAGUGCCUCAGUGAGAAAAGCCUUUCCAGUCAUAGCAAGGUCCACUCUGAAAGGCUGUUAGAACUCAAGUCCCCUACAGAGCUUAUGAAAAGCAAAGAGCGCAGUGAUGUGGAGCACGAACAAGGAAUUACUGAAUCCCCUUCAUUGCGGUCAGUUUGUGCAGCAGAUGAGUUACUUGAUUUUCACGUUGGUGAUAGGGUGUUGAUUGGCAAUGUUCAGCCAGGAACUCUUCGAUUUAAAGGUGAGACUAGUUUUGCUAAAGGAUUUUGGGCUGGAGUGGAGUUGGAUAAACCUGAAGGAAAUAACAAUGGAACGUAUGAUGGCAUUAUAUAUUUUGAGUGCAAAGAAAAGCAUGGCAUUUUUGCUCCUCCUCAAAAAAUAUCUCACAUUCCGGAAAACUUUGAUGACUAUAUAGACAUAAAUGAAGAUGAAAACUGUUACGCAGAUGAACAAUAUCAAUACUAUAAUCAAGAGCAAAAAGAAACAGAGGGUCCAAAAGAUAUUAAAAAAGAUGUAAUUGAAUAUUUUUAUGAAAAAUCUCUACCUAGUAAUAAACAUGAUAUAGAAGCCUCCGUUGAUACAGAUAGAAGCCUUAAAAUAGAAACAGACAAUAUCCAGGACAUCUCUGGGGUACUGGAAACCCAUGUUCACCAACAAUCUUCAGUGAAUUCACAGAUUUCUUCAAAGGAAAACAAAGACUUUGUUUCUGAUGCCACAGAACAGGUUUCUAUAGCUGUGGAAGACAAUAGUUUAGAUAAUACCUUUUCUGAAGAAUUAAAGAGGCAACAGCAAUUCACAGAAAAGAAAGAGCACCUAUAUUCAGAAGUUUCAGAGAAGCUUUCUACCCCACUGCUGGACCUUUUAUCAAGAGAAAAAAAACAAUUAGAAGCCCAGCAGAAGUCAUCACUAACAGAGGAAAAAAAGUCAAAGCAACAGCUGGAAACAGUCAGCUUACUGACAGACAACUUACUAAAAGUCUUUGUGAAGGACACGGUCAGUCAGCUACAACAAAUCAGAAAAGCUAGGAAUGAGAAAAUCCAGAUUAGCAAUCAGGAGCUUCUUGAUGAUGAGCAAAAGAAAGUACCACCCCAAGACCUAUCCCAAAAUCUUGAGAAACAAUCACCAAGUAUUCAAAGUUGCUUCUUACGGUCUGAAUUAGAAGAUGAAAAAGAAGAGAUUUCCUCUCCAGAUAUGUGUCCCAGACCUGAGAGCCCAGUAUUUGGUGCCAGUGGGCAGGAAGAACUUGCUAAGAGACUUGCUGAACUUGAGCUCAGCCGGGAGUUUCUGAGUGCAUUAGGAGAUGAUCAAGACUGGUUUGAUGAAGACUUUGGUUUGAGCUCUUCUCACAAAAUCCAAAAAAAUAAGGCAGAAGAAACGAUUGUACCUCUAAUGGCCGAACCUAAAAGAGUAUCCCAGCAGCCAUGUGAACCAUUACUGGCAGUCCCACAUACUGCAGAGGAAGUAGAGACUCUUGUAUAUAAUGCAGCAGAAGAACUUUGGAAAUGGAAAGAAUUAGGCCAUGAUCUUCAUAGCAUCAGUAUGCCUACAAAACUGCUUGGCUGUGCCAAUAAGGGUCUAGAUCUAGAAAGUACUAGUAAAAGGGUCUAUAGACAGGCGGUUUUUGAUUUAACGAAAGAGAUUUUUGAGGAAAUAUUUGCUGAGGAUCCCAACUUAAAUCAACCUGUGUGGAUGAAGCCAUGUAGAAUCAACUCUACGUACUUCCGACGAGUGAAAAAUCCAAAUAACCUUGAUGAAAUUAAGAACUUCAUCGCAACUGAAGUGCUCAAGUUGUUCAGUCUUAAAAAGGAGGCAAACCACAAAACAGAUUGGCAGAAAAUGAUGAAAUUUGGAAGAAAGAAAAGAGACCGAGUUGAUCAUAUCCUGGUUCAAGAGCUCCAUGAGGAGGAGGCACAGUGGGUGAACUAUGAUGAGGAUGAGUUGUGUGUGAAAAUGCAGCUAGCCGAUGGGAUCUUUGAGACCUUGAUUAAAGAUACUAUUGAUGUUCUGAAUCAGAUCAGUGAAAAACAGGGGAGAACGCUACUUGUGUGACAUCUUGCAAAUAAAUCCAACACUGAGUGCUAAUAUGAGUCCUGGGCCUUUCUGCCUCCUGACACACACUCCAUCUCCAUCGUAGCAAGAGCACUUCCAGACCUUGUAGUUCUCCUUAAAGACUACUGGUUUGGAGUCCAUGGGAUGAUGCAGUGUGUGUGGUACUGCAGCCUUUGCCUUUAGAGACUAUCCACUGGAUUACCUGGUUAUUUUCGGUGGGCAGGGUCACACUCCUGAUGUCGAAACACAGUAUAAUCCUACACCUCUUGUUAGCACCCCUACUAGUUCUAAGGUGAGGGCUGAAAACACCAGACUUACCUCUGAGCUUAGACUAGGGGAUCACUUCUGAAGUCAGGCAGGAGAGGUCUACAGGUAAAUGCAUCAUCAUUUUUGAAAUGUAAUCCUGGUCUAUACCAUGAAAGUUAUAAGUGGACCUUAUAGUCCCUAAACAGUAUUAGACCCUAAUUAACCACUUCUAGAAUAGGCAAGUUUAACAAUGCCUGCCUACUUCACAUUCUGGAGUUUAUUUCAUUUCUUUUUGAAGAACAUUUUUUCCCAUUAUUGCAGUUGAGCAGCUCCAAGUGGACUGUCAAGUAACAGGAUAAACAAUAGCUUUGCUUUCUGAGCACUAUCUAAAGAAAUGUAAACUUUGCAUUAUGUUUUGUUUUCUCUAUAUGGGCGUGAAAACAAAGACAUGCCCUCACUGAAGACUGGGCUCAAAGGACUGAUGCAGGACUGGGUCUUCUACUCCUUGGUUUACCCCUGCAUUUUUCUUACUUGUUCUAAACCUCUAACCAGCUGCUUCCAGACUCACAGAUACUCAGGACCAUCUCAGGCAUCCAGGCAUGGCAAAAGUGGAAAUAAUUCAUUUUGGCCUUCAAACCUUCAACUCCCAUCUCUCCCCAGGAAGUCAGAGACGCUGUUACUUGAAUGAUUUAGGAAAUGAGUGUGUGCACCAAAGACAAAAAGAUACUGUCUAUUGUUUGUGUGCUUGUUUUGCUCUAUAGAACAUUUUUUAAUUUAUUUUAAGAUAAAUUAUUAAGUUGAAAAUGUGUGUCUCUAUUCAGAAGUGAAAUUUUCUUCUUGUAAUGGUUAAACCUCUGUCUUGAAGCUUCUAUGGUUCACAGUCUUUGCACAGGAAACCUAUGGUUUUAACAAACCCAUACACAUAUCAAAAAAGUCAGUUUAAUUCAGUGAAAAGAAAGUGGGCUUUUCCAAGAUUACCUGCAGUAGCAAAAACAGGAUAAGAUGAUUUAAAGACUCUGCAAUUUAAUUUUGCCUCUCUUACAGCGUUGCUUCUCACAAUUAUUACCUGUAUCUGAAAGAAAUCUAUAGACUCUAGCUGCUACAUUAGAGCAUGUAAAGUGCUCUCCUGGGACCUCAGUACCCUGCCUUCUUGACUGGUUUCUCUUAAUCAGUCCUAUCCCUCUUCAAGUAAUCUAGAAGAAUGUGUAUAAUCUUAGGCGUGAAUGUAAAUGCCUUAAUAUUGAAGGUCCUGAUUAGAAGCAUGAUAAUAAGACAUCUACUAGAUUCAUAUUUACAAAUAUCAUAGAAUGUUACAGCUUCAAAAUAGGUUAGAAAAACCCCAAAGAUGGUAUAAUCUUUAAGUGUGCACAUUUUUUCAUUUUUGCAUCUUUCCUCCAAAUUUGCCUUUUCAUCGUCAGUGUUUCACUAUGCACACUUCCAUUUCUCUUUGGUUUUAUCUUGUCAUUAUAAGAAAGUUAAUGAAAUAAUCAUUGGAAUAUUUGCAUUUUGCACAAUGACUGGUAUGAUAGCUCUUGACAAAUAAGGAAAGCACUGAAAUGUUGUGAUUGAGUCUUGGGAAAUGCUCAUAUUGAUGUAUUACCAGCAUUUCUUCUGGGCUUUUGACAUUGAGCUGUAGUCUUGUAGCCAUAAUGAGCAAAUCAACUAAGAUAAACAAAGGUUUCUUGGGGUUAUUAACCAGUAAUUUAGAAAUAUUAUUUUCAUGUAGCCAAGAAAAAGCAAAAGCUUUUCUUCUCAGUUUGUAUUAUUUGGAAGACAGAAAUACAUCUUGUCUACAUCCUUUGACUGUUUGUAGGAUCACAUUGUCCUUAUGAUACUGAAAUUCUACAGCUGCUGUAAAUUUUUUAUAAAUGAAUAUCAAAAUGUUAUAGGAAUAUAGAUUGUUUUUACAUCUUAAUCAUUUGGACCUAAAAUCAAUUUGUAAUAAGAAGUUUAUCUUUACUCUUUAUGACAUUAUGAUUCCAGAAAAGGAAAAAAUGUCAUAAGUCUAGAGUUCCCUUGUAAGAAAAUGCUGCCAAGAAUGUGGCGGUAACCAUCCUAACAUACUCCAGCUGUCUUUACUAUCUUAAGAACCCUGGGUUCCAGAUGAGAGGCAGGAAAAGAUCAGUUUUACUCUUUGCUAGAAAUGAUUGUCCAUAGUUUGGUAGCAAGAAACAGGGGAAUCUGUAGUUAACAGAUUUCUUAUUAUUUUACCUAUUUGGAUCUAAUUGAAAAGGGUUUAUUGUUAGGAUUCAGAAUGAUAAAUAUGGAAACUCAGUCACUCGUUCCAUAUUGGUAUCUUUUUAAUCAAACUCUGCCUCUUAACCAAGAACCUAAUAUUCCCUCUUCUAAUCUUUGUUCCUUCUCCCUACACCCACAUCCUCUUUUACUCUUUCUUCAUAAUUCCUCUACAAAAAAGAUCUUUGCAUCAGCAGUAAUAUCUUUUAGAAUAGCACUAUCAGAAUUUAGUAGUAAACCAACAUACAGGCUUCAGAUUUACUUCUGAGUCCAAAACAAUUUGUGCUAUCCAGAGUGGUUAACUCUGGGUUAAAUAACUACAGGGUAUAGAUUCCCUCUUCAGGUCUAAACAGGAAUUUUUACUCUAGGGAAAAGUGUGAAGAGCUUAAAAGUAGUUGAUAAGGAAGGUAAUUUGUUUUUCUUUUACCUAAAAGAAAAGAAAAUUCCUUCUGUGACUACAGGUCUCUGAGAAACUAUCUUUCAAAAGAGAUUUCAUUGCUCAUAAGAGUGUUGUGGCCUAUUGAUAAAAACAGUUUUGUUCACUUUCUUGUCUUGAAAAAAGUGGCCUUAGCUUUUUGCAAUACUUGAAUAAAGUGUGUACUUGCAAAAGAAUUUCUGUAGCACAGCAUUAGAGACUCAUAACUUUUCUGCAAGAAAUUCAACUUACAUCUUCCUUUUACUACCUUAAGAAUACUAGUGAAUAAAACAUUAAUUCAAAGAGCAAAUGAUAGAAACUACAAUGAUGUUUAAUGCAAAUUGUAGGAAUUUACAUGUUUACAAAUCAUCUUAAACUGGUUGUGCAGCAAUUCAAUAAAAUAUCUUUGUAUUAUAAAAAUGUGAAGAAAAAAUGUAAACUGAUGUAAAGGAGGUACUGUCAUUUUAAUUAACCUAUGUUUAAUAGCUUUUCCUUCUGACUUUGCAAAGCCUUCUUGGUAAACACAUUGCAAAGCAUUCUCUGGGAGGCUUGGCCUCCUUGUAUGUACUGUACUGUGCAGACAUGAAAAAUAAACCCGUUUACUGUGUAUGUGUAAAUAGCCUGGUCAUCAGGCCAUUUUCAGCCAAUAGUCACAUGCAGUGCAGUUUUGCACAGACUUGAGGGUGUGGUUUGUAAGUAUAAUCUGUAAAUUAACUGGGAUUAAUUCCCAUGUAUACCUGUGUAAAUAGAUUUGUUAACUGAAAUGUACUUUAAGGAAAGAUAAAAUCUGUAAAUAAACUGAUUUAUAAAUUAA